GCUGCCUUGAGAAGUGAGCAGCCCCUUCAUCAUCCCGCUGCAUCUGUGUGUGGCUGCACCACAGAUGCCAUGCAGCCCCACGCCAUCCUCCUUCUCUUCUCCUUCUACCCUGGGACCUGGGCAGAUCCAGAGGGCUCCCAUAUGCUCAAGCUUCUUCAUUUUGCCACCUUCCAAAACAGCACCUCCGUGCUUGUGGGAGGACUGGGACUCUUGGGGGAUGUGGAAGUGGGGUCGCUGGACAGCCGCACUGGGAACAUCCACUACUACCGGCCCUGGCUGCUCCCAUCCUUGCCAAAGGGCGAAUGGAACGCCAUUGAGAGUUACAUCAAGUCAUACGUGAGGGAUUUCAGCAGGCUGGUGCAGAUGUACUCCACGGUGCCCUACCCUUUUGUCUUCCAGUCCUCCAUCGGCUGUGAGCUCCAGUCCAACGGGACCACCAGGACCUUCUUCAACAUUGCUUACGAGGGCCAGAAUUUCCUCCACUUCUGUCUGGACACAGGCACUUGGGAACAGAUGCAGCAUAACCAGUUUUCGGCCAUGGCUGAGCAUCUGAUGGCCGAUGAGGUGGUGUUCUUCAGUUACGCCUGUGUGGACAUACUGAGAAUUUUCAUCCAGGCUGCGAAGGCAGAUCUGGAGAGACAAGUGCCACCCAUGGCCGCGGUCUUCGCCCGCGCAGCUGGCCCGGCGCAGCUCCUGCUGGUUUGCCGCGUCACCAGCUUCUAUCCACGUCCUAUCACUGUCACCUGGCUGAGGGAUGGCCAGGAGGUGCCCCCGAGCCCGGCAGUGAGCACCAGCAGUGUGUUACCUAACGCUGACCUCACCUACCAGCUCCGCAGCACCCUGCUGGUGUCUCCCCGGGACGGGCACAGCUACGCCUGCCGCGUGCGACACCGCAGCUUGGGUGACCGCAGCCUCCUCGUCCCCUGGGGGGACUCCAAGCGGGGGCUGAGCGCGGGGCUCGGGGCCGUCCUGCUGCUGGCUGCGGCCGCCGUCGUCGUAGUGUUGGUGUGGAGAUACAGGAAGCGGCAGAGGGUGAACGAGGAGCGCGGCAUCCCGCUGGCGGAGCACCGGAGCGCAGCGCGGGAUGGGACCGCCGCGGGGCAGUACGAGGGUUCCGGCCGCGGAACGCCCGGUGGGCAGAGGGGGCACAUCUGAGUGCUCCUCGGCACUGCGCCUCAUUAGGGAACACCAGUGCUCACGGCAGCUCCCCCAGCCCUGGUGCAGGUACCCACCUGCCCGCAAGCAGCGAGCUACACCCUCCUAUAGGCACCUUUUGCAUUUAUUUCCCAACCACCACCUUUAUUAACCCUCUUCCGGAGAUAUUUGUGCCCGGACCCGCUCCUCCAGCAACGCCCACCAAUGGUGCUCGAACCGCUGAGCAGCGCCACGCUCUGCUGUGCUCCGAAAGGAAAGUGACGCUCAAACAUUGCCAUGCUCACCACUAAGGUGCGGGUGUGAGCGGGGUUUGGGUGGGAUCAGGCAAGUUUGGGGCGAAUGGAGCACGGAAUAAAUGGAUUAUUAGACCCA